AUGUUCGUGAAGCAAACUAGGAUUCUGGUGUUUUGCCUUUUUUUGGGCCUCUCAUUGGGGCUCAAACUGCAUAUUCCCAUUAGACCCAACGCCCACAUCCAGGAGUUGCAGAUGGAGAGCAGGGAACUGGCUGCCACCCACUCGGGUGCCUCCGACAAGUGCUUCCUGACCUACAGUCCCAUUUUGGCCAGCAUUACGAAAGAGUUUGAGAUUAACUAUGGGGCUUGCAUUUCGGCCAAAGAUAAUUCCACUGCCUUGGUCAAUGCAAAGUAUUCAGCGGAUCGCGAAAUUCUCCUGAGAUCUGCCAGUAUCGGUUGCUCGUAUCCCAAUACGAAUUGUCAGGUCUGGACAUUUGAGCAACAGAACCUAGACACCGUGGUCUCCCGCCUCGAAUGCGCAUCCAUCAAUUCCGGGGAGAGCUCGAAAACCUUCUACGGCAUUUCCGCCAAUGCCACGGAGAUUGUGGUCAAGAUCAAGGAGGAAUAUCGUGUUUUGGAAAAUCUUAUGGAGAUUUGCACCAAUGAUGCCAACCGAAAUUAUGUGGAGGACACCACCUACACCUAUGAAAGGUUGAACGACUGCCUGAAGUACGGAAUCGAUGAAAUUCCUGAAACAACUACAAGAUCCACCAAGGUAUCCAGUAAGAAGUUGAAACUGAGACUUUUAGCUAUGUUUUCCCGAUCCUCUCUGUUGGCAGUGAUUCUUGCCUUUGGCCUGGUUUCUGGCCUAAGCAUUAACCUUAAGUUAAACGCCUCGAAGCUGAAGCUGCCGACUAACAAGAAGAUCCUUGGACUUCAGCAGCAGACGGAGAUGCUGGCUGCUCGGGAUCCCAGCAGUUCGAAGUCCUGCUUCGACUACUACAAUCCCAUUCUAAACGGAUUGCCUGCCCAAUUGGAGUUGGACUAUGACAAUUGCGAAAGGGACUACGAAACCGGCAAUGAGCUCGUGAUCAAGGCGUGGAACAGCACUCUUUAUGGCAUCCAGGCAGCUGGAGAUCGUGGCUGUGGAACCUUCUUCGACUGCUCCUCCAUUGUGGACUAUGUUGAGGCCUUCGAGUGUUUCGCCAAUGUGGGAGCUGAGCAAUCGAAGACCAUGUACCAAGUGUCGGCAAAUGCAACCGAAGCAGCCGCCAACAUCAAGAUCCAUCUCCAGACUUUGAAUACUCAGCGCGAAAGCUGCAAGAAUUUGGCCGAUAGGGAUUAUGUGGAGGGCACUGCCUCCACCUACGAGGGACUGACUAGUUGUCUCAGUGGAGCCCCUAUUCCACAGGAGACUACUGUUACCACUACUACUACUACUACUACUCCUGAUUACUGGACCACUGGAAAAUAAAUAUUAAUAAGAUUAUUGAACAAAAAAAAAAUGAAAAAUAUUUAGAUUGUGCCUGAAGAUUACAUGCUUACAUACUU